AAAGUGAAGAUGUCGGAGAAGGUUUUCACCGAGGAGAAGACGACGGCGAAGAGCAGCAGCGAUCAGGAUACCGUUGAGGACCUUGUCUCCACAAAAGCGCAGAGAUACAUUACAAAGCUCGAUUUGCGACUAAUUCCAGUCCUGGGAUGCACGUACACCAUUCUCUUCCUGGAUCGAACAAACAUCGCCAAUGCCAGAAUUGAGGGCCUGGAGAAGGGUCUUAAAAUGCCCGCAAAUGGCUACAACACUUGCCUCUGGAUUUUCUUUAUCCCAUUCGUUCUAAUCGAAAUUCCAAGCAACCUAAUUAUGAGUCUGCCUCGUAUCAAGCCGAAUAUCUUCCUUGGAUGCAACAUGAUUGUUCUCGGAAUCAUCGCGACUUGUCAAGGUCUAACGCAUUCCUACGGCGGCCUCCUUGCUCUUCGAUUUCUCAUGGGUAUCUUUGAGGCUACGCUCCCCGCUGGCGCUGCCUUUCUAAUUGGAGAGUAUUACACCCGAAAGGAAGCUUCUCUGCGCUUUGCAUGCUUCUUCACCUUUGGCGUUCUCGGUCCCUGCAUCAGCGGUCUCUUGGCGUAUGGCAUCCGCAAUAUGAAUGGCACCCAAGGCAAAGAAGGCUGGAGAUGGAUCUUCAUCCUUGAAGGGAUCUUUACCAUCUUCAUCUCCUUUUUUGUGUUUGCAAUCGUGCCCGACUUCCCCGAGAAGACCAAGUUUCUCUCUGCUGCCGAAAAGGAGCAUCUCCUAGAUAAGCUGCACCGCGACAAGGGCGACCAGAAACUCGAUCUAAAAUCUGUGAAUUGGGUGAAGCGCUUCCCCUUCGUCCUCAUGGGCAUCACCCUCGCGCUUGUGGGAUGGAUCAUUCAAGUCGCAUACUCCGAGAAAAAGGGCGUUACAGCCGGCGUCCGUUACUUCUCGCUGUUCGCCAUGAGCGGGGGAACCUUCAUCCAGAUGGCUAUGCUGACCGCUUGGAUGACUAAUAACCUACGAGGUCGAGCAUCUAUCGGUGUUGGCACGGCUGUCAUCCUGGGAUUAGGGAAUUGCGCAAACUUCGUGGCAUCGAAUGUUUUUAUUAAGCGAGAGGCGCCGUUCUAUCCAACGGGGUUUCGGACGGGGCUGGGAUUGACGGUUUUCGGAGCGGUAGUUUGCGUGAGUUAUGUGGGGGUGCUGUGGGGGCAUAAUAGGAAGGUUGAUAGGAAGAGAAGAGAGUUUGGGGGAGAGGAUGACCAGAAAGAGUAUCGAUAUGUGUACUGA